AUGGAGGAGCAGCCAGUGGUGAAGCCGCCGUCGGGGACGCCGUCGCCGGCGACGACGUACCCGUACUCGUUCAACCCGUUCACAUUUCCUCGGAGCACGUCCUUUGCGCCAGGCCAAGCCAUCCCGAACUUCUACCCGAUCUCGAUCGCAGAUACAUGCGCCUUCAAGACCAUCACGUCGGGCGCGAUGGGCUACGUGCUCGGCCGCGCCAUGGGCCUCCUCUUGAGCUCGUACGAAGCGAUUACUCCACCGAUUCCAGUGCCUGGUCAGCGCGAGUUGCCCAAGGUGCCGUGGCGUGAACAGCUGCAAGUGUCGGGGCGUAUGAUCGGCGAGAAGAGCACGUCAUGGGGCCGCAACUUUCUCUUCUUCUCGGCAAUGAUCUCGGGCAUGGAAUGCCUCGUCGACAAGGGUCGUGGCCAUCACGACAUCACGAGCGUGGCCAUCGCAGGCUGCGCGACGGGCGCCGUCUUUGCUGCGGGCCAAGGCGUCCAGGCGCAGUGCCUCGCGUGCGGUGGCAUGGCUGCGUUCUCGGCCGCCAUGGAGCACUUUAUGCACGGCGGCGACUAG